AUGAUCAAGCGGUACUUUGUCGAUCAAAUUGUCAGAAACGAUAGCGAAAAGAUCAACGUGGCGAAGAAAGACAACGACUACAUGUUUCUCACGACCUCGAGGUUCAAAUUUCUCGAUAUCAAAAAUUUUAUUGCUCCUGGUAUGAGCUACGACCUAUGGUGCAAAUCUCUGGAUUGCAAGCUCAAAAAGCUGGUGUUCCCAUACGAGUGGCUGACGAGCUAUGACAAGCUAACCCACGUCGGACCCGUGGCGUACGAACAUUUCUAUAGCAGUCUUAUUGGGAAAAACAACCUCUCUCCUGAAGAGUACGAAACAUUCCGUGCAGAGUUUUACAAGCGAGGCUGCGUCACCAUGAUGGACUGGUUGCGCGAGUACAAUCUAGCCGACGUGGAACCUUUCAUCGAAGCAGUGGACAAGACAAGGUUGCAGUACUACAACGACGAGAUAGACAUUUUGAAAGACGCAGUAAGCAUUCCAGGCGUAUCGAUGCGCUACGUCUUGAACAAGUCUCUACGACUGAAUCCAAAGCUAGAGCUAUACGCGCCAGGAGAACCAUGCAAGCACAAGUGUAAGACUGCUUCAAUAAGAAGUGCAAGGCGUGCAAAAAGGUGCACUGAGUGCACGAAGAAUGAGGCCAACGAGCUCUUGCAGACGGGCAUUGUGGGAGGGCCUGCGAUCGUGUUCUUUAGGUACCACGAGAGAGACGUGACGGGUAUCAGAUCUCACAUCUACCAGGAGCCACGGAAGUGCAAAACUGUUUUGGGGCUUGACGCGAACCUACUGUACCCGAGUAGGUUGAUGAACUACUUUCCAUGUGGUAAAGAGAAGCUGAUCAAGAGCAACCCACCCACGGCUGAGCACAACAUCGGACUGUUGAUAGAAGGUAUGCAAAAUGGAUCCCUCUUUGGUUUUGCGCAGGUCGACAUCGAGGUCUCUCUGGAGCUGCAUGAAAAGUUUAGCGAGAUGGCUCCGCUAUUUGUGGUCAAGGAGAUACCCGACGAGCAGAUCCCCGAGCACAUGCACGAGUACCUAAAAGCAACAGGGUGCAAACGUAUUUCAGGCACACGUAAGCUCCUAGGGUUGAUGGAAGCUGAAAAGAUCUUGCUUUUCACAACCUUGCUCGAGUGGUACCUUGACCAUGGCCUGAAGGUGACAGCGUUUUACCAAUUUAUCAAAUAUAAGCGAGGUAAACCGUUUGCGUGGUUUCCGGAAGAAAUUGCGGAUGCACGACGACAAGCCGACAAGGAUCCUGACAAGCGUAUUGCUGGAGAUACGGCAAAGCUGAAAGGGACCUCGUUCUAUGGGAAAAUGAUCGAAGAUCAAGCGAGGCACGCGAACACCACUUUUACGAGAGAUGAAAAGAAGGUGGAUGCAGCGAUGAGAUCGCCGUACCUUGAAGAUCUUGAAGAGAUAGGUGAUGCUUACGAGAUCCGAGAAGGAAAGAAAAAGGUGCAUAUCGACAGAGCGUACCAGUGCGGCAUUGCGGUGUACCAGCUGGCCAAAUUGCGCAUGCUUGAGUUCUAUUACGACUUCAUCGACAAUGCCUAUUUUGCCAUCUCUGGAGAAGAGUUGCCAGAUGUCGUUCGCCCUAAACUGCUUGAUGAGUACGACAAAGACGUGAAAAACUGGCUCGUCACUGAUAAGUACUCAAGUCGAACAGGAGGGAUAUUCAAACCGGGAUUUAUCGGGUUUAGGAUGAUUGCUGACUCAAUCAAGUGUUACUUUGUGGAAGGGAAAGAGGGCACAAAGUUCUCCUGUAAGGGUAUGUCAAAGAAGCGGAACGCUAUGACAUGGAAGAGGUAUAAGAACGCAUUGAAUGGCUCUAUUGACACUGCGAAAAACAGUAUAAAGAGCAAGUACGCUAAGCCUGCAAAGCAGGACAGCACUGAAAAACACCUCGGAUAUGGUGAACCAAAGGCUAUGAGUGGUACACUCACAGAAUCAAAAACCCUCUGGAUUCAAACAACAACAACAAAAACAACAAAAACCUAG